AGGUCAAACAGACUCCACGCUGACCUCUCCUGGUGGCUAGCCGAACAGCACGACCGGCAGAGGAUUGCUGUAACUAACUGCGAGUGGUACUCCGUCUUGUCACACAUCUAUCCUCUGUCAAAGCUGGGCUGUCCGCUGUUUAGAGGAGAGUAGACCUUGAGCACGGACAGUCUGGGUUUCUGAAAUAUCCAGCAGCUCCACCGUUUGUUUGGUCGACGAGCUACUUACUUUUUGAGAUAUGAGUCAGCGCAAAACAAAUUUCGAGCUUUCCUGCAGCCGGUUUCUGUGAUCAGGUGGGAGAGGGAGGGAGGCAGAAACAUGGAGCUGUCAGACGGUUUGUUGCUGCCUGUCAACAAUGGGGAGCAGUGGUAUAAUCGCUGGAAGCAUCCUAAUGAAGACUUGGACCGCAGCACCAGCCCUUCCGUCUUGCGCUCUGUUGCCAGCACGUGGAAGGAGGGCCUGCUGAACAGAAAGAGGCCCUUUGUGGGCAGAUGCUGUCAUUCCUGUACACCUCAGAGCUGGGAUCAAUUAUUCAACCCCAGCAUUCCAUCUUUGGGACUCCGCAAUGUCAUCUACAUCAAUGAGACCCACACCAGACAGCGCGGCUGGUUGGCUCGCAGGCUAAGUUAUGUGCUGUUUGUCACGGAAAGAGAUGUCAACAAGGACAUGUUCACCAGGAACGUGGUUGACAAUGUGCUCAACAACAGCAGGGUAGAGGCAGCUAUUUUAAAGGUGGCCACGGAUUCGGAAGCGGACGGCAGCAAGCGGGCCCAGGAGCUCAAGGCUGUCAGUAAGGUGAAGCAGAAAGCCAGGGCCUUCCUGCAGGAGAUGGUAGCCAACAUUUCACCAGCCUUUAUCAGGCUGACUGGAUGGGUGCUCCUGAGACUAUUCAAUGGUUUCUUCUGGAGCAUCCAGAUCCACAAAGGACAACUGGAAAUGGUCAAGAAAGCAGCCACAGAGCAAAAUGUGCCCAUGGUCUUCCUUCCUGUUCACAAGUCGCACAUCGACUAUCUGCUCAUCACAUUGAUUCUCUUCUGUCAUAACAUCAAAGCCCCACACAUCGCUGCUGGAAACAACCUCAGCAUCCCUAUUCUCAGCACUUUGAUUAGAAAACUUGGGGGAUUCUUCAUACGGCGGAAAAUGGAAGAGACAGGGGAUGGGAAGAAAGACAUUUUGUACAGAUCACUCCUGCAUGCAUACACAGAGGAAUUGUUGCGGCAGCAGCAGUUUUUGGAGGUCUAUCUGGAGGGUACUCGGUCCCGCAGUGGUAAGCCUUCUCCUGCGCGUGCAGGCAUGCUGUCCAUUGUGGUUGAAACUCUGUGCACUGGGGCCAUCGGCGAUGUCCUGGUGGUACCCGUUGGCAUCUCCUACGACCGCAUCAUUGAGGGCAACUACAAUAGUGAACAGCUGGGAAAACCCAAAAAGAAUGAAAGUUUAUGGGGAAUAGCAUGUGGCGUGUUCAGGAUGCUGCGCAAGAACUACGGUUGUGUUCGUGUUGAUUUCAACCAACCCUUCUCCUUAAAGGAGUACCUGGAUACCCAGAGAAGCCGUCAUAUUCCACCACCAGUGUCUCUGGAAAACACCUUGAUGCCCACUAUAAUUUCUGCACAGCCUGAUGCCGAGCUGUUUGAAGGGCAAGAAGAAGAGCAAAUGGACAGAGAGCUGCCGGAUGAAAUCUUUCGACGGCAACUUAUCAACAACCUGGCUAAACAUGUUCUCUUCACGGCUAAUAAGUCCUCAGCUAUCAUGUCUACCCACAUUGUGGCCUGCCUGCUGCUGUACAGACACCGACAGGGAGUGGUGCUGUCUAAGCUUGUGGAGGACUUUUUCAACAUGAAGGAGGAGAUCUUGUCCCGGGAUUUUGACCUGGGCUUUUCUGGUAACUCAGAGGAUGUGGUCAUGCGUGCCCUGCACCUCCUGGAAAACUGCAUCAAUGUGACCAGCAGCGCCAAUCGCAAUGGAGAGUUUACCAUCGCCCCAAGCCCAAAUGUGCCGGCACUUUUUGAGCUCAACUUCUACAGCAAUGGCCUUUUUCACGUCUUCAUUUCUGAUGCAAUGAUUGCUUGUAGCAUCCUGUCACUGCAGCGAGAGCUGGUGAUGGAGUCAGGUUCUGAUCACCAGCCAGUGGAUCCAAGCACUCUACUUCUCAGUCAGGAGAAGCUCAUCCGCAAGGCCGCCAGUCUCUCCCACUUCUUUAUCAAUGAGGUGGCUGUAGCAUCACCCUGUCAGACAAUUUACCAGGUUUUUCACGAUGCAGUGACCCGACUGAUCCAAUACGGAGUCCUCUAUGUGGCAGAGGACGACCAAGACGAACUGAGCCCGGGCCCCGCAGAGGAACCGUGGCCCAAAAAGUUCUCUGAGCCGCUUUCCUGGAGAAGUGACGAAGAGGACGAGGACAGUGAUUUUGGAGAGGAGCAGAGAGAUCGCUACCUGAAGGUGAGCGUGUCACCAGAGCACCAGGAGUUCUUCGUGUUCCUUCAGCGACUGCUCAGCCCAGUGCUGGAGGCCUACAGCGGGGCUGCCAUUUUCGUGCACAGUCUGAGUCAGCCCAUGUCCGAGGGAGAGUACACCCAGAGGCUCUUCAGAUACCUGCUCACGCGCACAGAGAGAGGAGUGGCUGCUUAUGGUGAAAGUGCAACUCAUUAUCUGGUUAAGAACACAGUGAGGACGUUCAAAGAGCUCGGGGUUCUAAAGGAGCGAAGAGAAAACAAGGUAACGACCCUGGAGCUAAGCAGUACCUUUCUACCUCAGGCCAAUCGGAACAAACUCCUGGAGUACAUCUUAGGUUACACUCUGCUGUGAUCGAGACAUCUGUCAGACCACAGGCUCCUUCCAAUUAAGGGCUUCUUCUGGUUACUUCUAAAAAAAAAAAAAUCCCAGGUGCUACUCUGAGGAAAGCUUUACCAGGAAGUGCCUUCAUGUAACAGCCGCUAUCUGUUAGCGGUUAGUCGGAGGAAAGUUGAAGCGAGUCUUCCCAUUUUCUUUCCAGACUCUGCAGAAGAUUAAUUCCGCAUCGUUCUCUGAAGGUACCUCUAGGAAACGUCCUGUCUUUGAGAUCAUGCCAGCGAAGUCAAUCUGUUUUAAUGUGAUCAAAAUUUUAAAGUGUAAAAAAAGAAAAAGGUUACAUAAAGUAGAAACCACUUUGGAGCAAUCUGAACAAAGGGAGCUGCCUUUCAUAUAUACCAGAGAACUGAUGACAUAUGCAUAAUAAAUAACUAAUAAGUAAUUGUAACUAAUGGCUAUUUUAAACUUAGACUCCUGCUUGUUUGUAAAGCUACUAUAAUUGCUUAGGUAAAUCGGUAGAAAAUGUCAAAAGAUUGAAUGAAAAGCUUAUUUUGAGGAUUGUUCCUGUACAUUGGUCACCAGAACCAUCCAUCUCAUUCAUAGUGCUUGUAAAGACACGCUGGUGUCAUUAGUGUAAAAAUAUUGAACUGAACGACACCCGAGAAACAAUGUGUCCCAGCAAAAGUUGUAUAUAUGUUUAAAUUUCCAUUAAAAAGUUAAGGUCAGCUUUUCUGUACAGUUUUUGGUUUUAGUGAAGGAAGCAGUGAGCAGCGAACUCUUUCAGCCUUUCAGAAAAUAUCUACUCGGUGAAUUUAAUACUUACAUAUUGUAAGAGUGUCAUAGUAGAGGCCUACAAUCACUUAAAAGUGAAGUGCUUUCAAACCUCUCAUCUCCAAGUGCAUUCAGUUACACUUUCAAAUGGUCAAAAAAGACUUUGUGCAACAACUCUCACUUCUCAAUGAAUGUUACACCACACAUGAUUUAAAGAUACUCGGUACAUCCACUGGCAUUAAAAUGCAUUUAGCUCAGACACUUUCUGGUCACACGUUUCAGGGAAAAGCAGGCGACUGGGAUGACCACUUUUUUUUUCUCCUUUUUUAAGAUAUUUUUAAUAGUAUGAAUACAGUGUUCACAAGCCUUUGUAGAGCUGCUGCUGAGUGGGCUGCUCUGCUCUGAUGGCUGGGCAUUUGUAAGGCAGAGAUGAUGGGGCAGGGAAAUUAUCUGAACCUGUCCACUCUGUGGGUCAGGUUGAGUUUUUGAUAGUAUCUAUUGUAGUGAAGAAAGAAAAGAAACCCAGAUUAAAGAGGAGCAGAUAAGCCAACUGUUAAACACACUGUAGUCAUCUUUAUUUUUAUGGCAAAGUGAUCUGUUUUAUUGUUUGUUGGCUUGACUAAAAUUUCACAAUCACCUCGCUUUCAUAAAAGCUGUUGAAACGCAUUUUAAAGCACCACUAAAGUAACGCCAGUCCUUUCACCGUGUGCUUUGUGUCAGAUGGAAUGGUAACAGAGUCUUGCUGAUCAUAACAAGCAAAGUCAAGCAUUAAUAAAAGUAAAGCGCCACUAUAAAACAGAACUAAACUAUAAUCACACAAACUUAAUCUUUACUUGUUUUGUUAGAGUGAUUCAAAAUCUAAAUUCAAAUUGGUCAUGAGACUGAUUGUGUAAUAUUCUAUGUGUUGGGGUGUGAGCAUGUAUGUCUGAUAGAAGAGGAAAGAGCGUGUUUGAAAGGGUCAGAGGCUGAUGAACUCUGAUCGGAGGGCCUUUCAAUCGUACUGACCGUGUGAGGAAUAAAAGAAAUGUCUACAAUACUGCUGGUUACGAUUCACGUUUACGUGUUUUACAGGGCAUACACGCUUUGUUAUUGUUUAUUACAAUCUGCUGUGUACAAAUGAACCCUUGAUUCAAGUUGUGGAUUUGUGAAGGAGAACUGCAGAGAAGGGUGGAACCUGAUGAUUGUGCAGGUGUGUUUCCAUGCUGAAUCUUGUCUAAAUCAUGUUUAAAACAUGCUGGUUUUGAAAGCGUUUCUCAGCCCACAGCCUGUAUGGGUUCCCUCAAUAAAGGAAACCUCGACCAAGAUCAAACCACUGUACGCACUGUUCUGCAUGAUUCCUCUGGCUGUCUGUAAUCACUGACUCUCAAAUGUGAACUCUGCUUAAUCUGAGAACGGUAUCUUGAAUAAUAGCGUGCAAAUGACAGCAUGUUUAACAGAAAGAUAGGCGUACGUGUCAAAGAUAAAAAUCCUGAAUGUAUCUCAAUCCUACCUGAAAGGUUAGUGUGAUGUUGUGUAAUGCUCUAAGGUACCGGUACUAAUCAGAUUUAGGUUUUAUGACUCGCUGUUGGAGUUGUGGAGAUUCUCUGGAGCUCCAUUUAAAAACAUCGUGCUACAGUGGUCGUGUGAAUUGAUGAAAGUCCCGCCUGCAUCAGGGGAGCAGGUGCCUUUUUAAUGCGCUGUAGUGUUCUUUUGUUGUAUUUUUAUGUUCCAUUUAGUGCAUGUUAACAACUCCAUGUGGGAAUCCAAAAGAACGCUGUAGAUUGUAACUUAAAAAAAUGACUUGGGUUAACAAUGAGUUUUCACCAGCUAUUAGAAAAAAAUGUCACUUUUUUUAGUUGUUAUUGCUUCAUUGGAACAAAGCACAAUUGGCAUUAUUAGAUGUUGUUUUUAAAUAAAUUAAUGGUAGAUUAACAAUGGUCUCAUUCUUCUUUUUUUUAACUGGCCUGUUUUGGGGUUUUCGAGUGGGAGAGACAUUAACUGUCAACAUAGUUUUCAGUUGUUUUCAUCAUAUCAUUAAAAAACCAAUCAUAUUUCAGCUUAUAAAAUUGGAGACACAAUGUGUGGCUC